AUGAUCUGCCAAAGGUGCCUACGACAGCUGGCAAAGCGUAAUGGCGUAUCGUCAGUUAAAAGCGCCCGGAACUUCUCACAUUCGACGGUGUCGCGAUCACAAGCAGUAUCCGCGCAGGAGACCACAGCAACGAAUCCUCGUCCAAACGACAAGCCGGCCGCAACAUCUACGUCUGCAGCACAACCUUUCAGCACACCUCUUACCCCCUCCGCCACCAAACCAAAGAAAAGCAAACAGCCCGCUCGCAUCGCAUCGAGCGUGCCCGCCGGAACAGUCUUGAAAGGCCUGAAUUUCAUGAAAAACAAACAAGAUCCCAUCGCGUUGGAAGACGACGAGUAUCCCGCAUGGUUAUGGACAGCGUUAGAGAAGAAAGCAGACGCGACAGGCUCUGUAGGCGAAGACGCCGAGGGCGAUCUCUUCUCGAAAUCUAAAAAGCAACGUAGAAUCGCCGCGAAAGCUUUACGCAAACAACAACUCCUCGACCCGGAAUCGCUCGCGCCGAAAAUUCCGCUGUAUGAGCAGAGUAUAGAUUUGCCGUUUGGAGACGGCACUGUGCAGGGGAGUUUGCGGGCGAGUGAGGCUCGGGAUGAAUUGACGAGGGCUAUGAGGCAGAAGAGGAGGAGUAAGAUUAAGGAGGAUAAUUUUUUGAGGGAGAUGAGAUAG